GUUGUUCUAAAGUGCAUUAUGGUUUAUUUCACUAAAGUCGGCUGGUUCUUUUGAGUUACAUUCAUGUCUCUGUGUCUCAUUUAAACACACCCCUGUGCUCCUAUAGUCGAACCUAUUGGCCCAUUUAUAUAUUCGUUUCAACAAUUCCCUUUACUGUGUUACACAUGCACCCUCGAAUAUCCUUGAGAGGAUAAAGAGCUGAUGGAGGAGUGUGAUUCCCCUGUAGUUGGAACACACCCUCUGGUCCCUUUUCUUAAAGAUGGCAACCACCACCCCGGUCUGCCAGUCCAGGGGUACUGCCCCUGAUCUCCACGCUACAUUGUAGAGGCGUGUCAACCAAGACAGCCCUACAACAUCAAGAGCCUUAAUUCCCAAAUGUAAACAUAAACGGUAAUAAUUGCUGUGUGCGAUUAUAAAGUACCAUUUAUCAUCUUUAUGUAAAUGUAACUUAAUUUAUUGUGCAAAAACGUCCAAAAAACGUGGGAUAUGCAAGUUCUACUCAGACUAAAACAUUUUAAUAAAAACUGAGAAAGUGCCUAUAUUUGAAUACCCCCCCCCCCCUCUUUGUUGUGCUAUAGCUUGGGGAGUUUGGCAAACUUCACCUACAUCAGACAGCGCUCCCAUGCCCACCUACACACUAGUGGGAUAGCAGUUGUUGGAUCUGACACACCAGGUCAGGUGUCAGCAAAAUUAACACCAUGAGCUCAUUUGCAGCCCACUCUAUCUCCUGGAUGUGCACUUUGGGGCUAUUGCGGCCCCUUAAAAUAUAACCUGGGGCAACUAAGGUGCAUAUCCAGAAAUAUUUAACUGCUAUGUUGAAAAUAACUGAGACACAAGUCAAUUUACUAUGAUUCAGAAGAGUAGGUGGUUUGAAGUUUGUUAAUAAUUAUGACCUGCAUGUUUUUAAGGAAAUGUUUAACUUUCGGAAUGCAUGAUCGACCAAUAACUGGUGUCACAAAUAAAAGAUUUAAGUGACUACAUGUGAGAUAGUGAGUGAAAGUGAAAACUCAAGACUAUGUCGAAAGAAACAUGAGAGCCAGAGGUGGGGGGCAAAACAUAUAUAACAGCUCUGUGAGGAAAAGCUCUGAUCAGAAGGCUGCAGGAUCUGCAGCCAACUGAAAAUGGAAAUGCAGAAAGGAACCGAGCUUUGUUUUCCAGAUUUCCUCAACACUUCCUGCAGGAAGCCAACACUUCACUGGUCCAAAGCUGUGCUGUUGAACAUUGUGCUGUCCUGCAUCUCUUUGAUCACUUCUGCUCUAAACCUUCUUGUCAUCAUCUCAGUCUCCCACUUCAGGCAGCUUCACACACCCACUAACAUCCUGCUCCUCUCUCUGGCUGUCUCAGACUUUCUUGUGGGUCUUCUGUUGAUGCCAUUAGAAAUCUUUAGGAGCACAGCCUGCUGGGUACUUGGUGAUCUUAUGUGUUCUGUUUAUUGGUGUCUGACCGGCAACAUUAUCUGUGCUUCAAUAGGGAACAUAGUUCUUAUAUCAAUUGACCGCUAUGUGGCUAUUUGUGACCCUUUGCAUUACCCCACCAGAAUGACUGUGGCAAGAGUCAGAGUCUGUGUUUGUCUGUGUUGGUUUUUUGCUAUUUUCUACAGCAGUCUCUAUACAACAGACUUCCUAAUUGACCCAGGCAGGUAUAAUUCUUGCUAUGGAGAGUGUGUGUUUGUCAUCAGUGCCAUUGCAGGCAUUUUUGACCUUGUUGUAUCUUUUUUUGUUUCAGUUACUGUUAUCAUAGUUCUGUAUAUGAGAGUAUUUGUGGUGGCUGUGUCUCAGGCUCGUGCCAUGCGCUCUCAUGUAACAACUGUCACACUUCAGCGUUCACUAAACCAAACAAACAAAUCUGAGCUGAAAGCAGCCAGGACUCUUGGAAUUCUUGUAGUUGUGUUUCUACUUUGUUUCUGCCCGUAUUACUGUGUCUCUCUUGUAAGAGAUGAAAAUAGCUCAAUUGCCUCCACAGUUAUAAGUGUGUUUUUUUUAAACUCCUGUUUAAACCCUUUGAUCUAUGCUAUGUUCUACCCUUGGUUUAGAAAAGCUGUGAAACUAACUGUCACUCUACAGAUCCUCCGGACUGGCUCCUGUGAGGUCAACAUACUGUAGAAAUACUGUUCUAAAAGGGUUUGAAACUUAAAAGAUAUACAAGUAAAUGGAACCAUUCUUUUGGUCUCGGUAAGUAGAGCUUAUUGAGCUUUUCAUAGAACUGCUACAGUUUUGUUACAGAAGAUAUGUUCAAUAAUCCAUCUACAUAUUUUGUGGUCCUGCUCUUUUAUUUUUACUCUUUUCUAAACCUGUUGAUCUAUGCCCUGUUUUACCCCUGAUUUAGAAAUGGUGUUAAACAUAUCAUCAAUCUGCAGAUCGUCAAAAACGACACCAAUAAAGCCAGCUUACUAUGAAGAAACCUGAAACCUGCUCCGUCAAGGUUUUAAAUCAGCAAAUUGGCACAUCCAGUAAUCUGGAAAUGUAAAAUUGCAUUUGAAAAGUUUAUUUUUCCUUGAUACAUUCUUGACCUAGUCAGAUGUUUUACCUUCUUUAAAAUAUGACAGUUAAUAGAAUUUGAACAUUGAAAGGGGUUAUAGAAUUUUUGGGAUUAAGUAAAAAUUUAAUGCCACUGAUAUUAACAUCAUUUGAUUGAAUAAUAUCAAAACUGAUGGUUUGCUUUCCUCCAGUUUCCUCAGAAAUGAAAGACUCUUCAAUUAAGUGCUUUAUGUUAUUAUAUUCCGCUGUUAUAUUUGUUUCAUAAGAACUGUAUUAUGAUGCUUGUUAUGCUUGUACGGCGUGUUAGAGUGAAUUGUUGAAUGUUUGUCAUUUUUAAGCUUACCAUCUGUACAUUGUUUAACUCUGUGAUGAAAGGAAUUCUUUCUGUCCUCCCCCCAGAUUCUCGAGGUUCUGGGUGGGGGGGCUGUAGUGUUUUUAUCACAGACACAUCCUUGUAAAGGUCUGUUUGAUGUUUGGUAAAACUUCCUGCCCUUUGUAUGGUUUCACUGUGUUAUCUAUGGUAAACCAUACAUUGGGUGUGGGGGAGAUUACCCUCUUUAUGACCAAGGAUGUUCCUCCUGCUUUUAUGUUUUAUGACCCUUUGAUCAGCAGGAGAACACACACACACACACAUAUACAUAGUGCCUUGUCUUUGUAACCAAUGGGGGUUACGAGGGGAGGUGUUUGUAAACUAUUGUUUGAAUGUUUUCAAUAAAAGGCAGCGAGAGGAGGCCAUCGUCGGGGUCAUUCGUAAUGAGCUGAGGUACCGACGAGGCCUCCCUUGCAAGUAAACGAUCGAUCGCUGUUGCCUUGUUUUUCUUUCACGGGAAUAAGUCCUGGAUACAGCGGGGUCUGAGUUUAGACCCAACACGGCGCUAACGCGUUAACAAGUUAACCGCGCUAACGCAGCCCCACGCACAGGGCGAACCACGGUAACUUGCUAACGGAGAUUUGCUGUGUAAAUGCGGUUGUGGCGUUAACAUCAUUUUAACGAGAUUAACACUGACAGCACUAAUAAUAAUACAAAGAAAUCUUACAGGGCCACAACAAUAGUCCUUACAUAACACAGCAGCUGCUAUGUUAUGGUCCUCUAAGUGUCUUCCAAAAGUAUAUAAACAUUAGCAGGAAAGUGACAUUUUUUAACAAUUUUGAAGAUUAAAAGAAAAAAAAUGAUAAUGAGACAAAACUACAGAUCAGAUUAAUUCAUUUUCAUUUUAUAUAAUUUAUAUACAAAAAUAAUUAAUAAUGUUAGAGUGAAUGUACGUAAUGCUUGUGAGCUUCCAAACUUCUUUAGAAAGUGGGAAAUUUUUCUUGUGCAGCACAAACAAGAGAAAAGAAUUUAUUAAAAGCACAGUGAAGUACAUGCCACUUCCUAUGAGACAAGGUCAGGUGAUACUUAAGAGACAGCUGGAGGAACAGUUUGCAGUAGUGAUGGUAAAUUCGAUUCUUUUUACUGAAUCGAGUUUUAAUGAGUCACUCACCAA